AAAUAAAUAAGAAUAAAAGUUAAUUGCGAGAAGAUCGAUUUAAAUUGCCACAAUUGUUGUAAUAUUGCAUUUUCCCCGUACACUCGCCUCGCGUGACUUGCAAAUCUCUCAACAACUUACGCGUGAUGAGGUAAGCCGCAUUCACCCGCAUUGACUCGGAACUAGUUAAUUAUUUAAAUAUCUAAUCACCAAAACGUCGGUUUAAUGCUAUGCGCCAUUGCAUACGUACAUUACCGUUUAUUACCGUUACUUUUAUCUGACUUCUCUCGACUUCUCUCCAUUUUAUAUGCGAUUGGAAUAAAUGAGAUUAGAAUCAGGCAGAGAUUUCUUUUACCAGGGAAAUCCGAUUACAGAGUGGAAUAUGAGCAGUGUCGCAAGAAAUUCACAGGUCGACAUUAUUGAUCGUCGCGGCGAGACCGAAUGCAAUGUACCGGUGGUAUACAUCUGCAUUCCACCCCAUGUAUUUCUAUCGAGCUCUAACUGCGAAAUCAAUGCGGACCUCGGAUUUUUUAACAUUCCUUGCUUUGAGAGAUGAUUAAUUCGCGAUUUUUAACAUUCCUCAAAAUUGCGCUCUUUACGUUCUCGAACUUUAAUGUUCUUAGUCGCGAAUUUUACUAGCUGAAGAGUAAACAACGUAAGAGAUUUAAGAAUUCUUCUUCUUCUUGCUUGGCGCAUAAGACCGGAAGUGAAGUUUAUCUCCCAUUCUGUGCUCGCAAUGUAUAUACAGAAUAAGAACUUUCUCUGGAAAUUUUCUUGCAGGGUUGUAGUAGAGAAUUUAAUUAAAUUAAUUUAAAUUAAAUUACUAUUAAUAAAUUAAAUUAUUGUUAAUCAAAUAUUGUUAUCGGUAAUAUUAACAGGAUCUCGCAGGGGUUGUAGUGGAGAAUUUAACGAUUCAAACGGCCAACUACAGAGGUGAUGCAUCCAGUAGGUACGCCUACUUGCUCUAUGAUGAAUCAGAGAACAGUUUGAAAAUUGCACUUAAGCGCCAGGACUGUAAACGGCAGUACAAUUGCUACUGAUUUGCAUAUACAUGGGAGUGACGCCUUCCUGGACCGACGUGGCACGCAACACGUGCCUAAUUAUUUUCUUGCGGCUUGCCGCGCGGUUUUCCCCACCCUUACCCACUUCUUCCUCAACCUCCCCCAUCCCAUGCACCCGUCAUAUGUAACGAUACGCGAGGGAGAAAUCUCCCGUCAUUUUUCACCUGCGGAAUAUUCAUACGGGCGCCGAUAUCAGAGCACCGCUUCGGCCGAAUCGUUCCGCACGCGGCAAAGUACGAGCACAUAAUAAGCUUGACAUUACACCACACUUAAACAAAAGAAAUGACGUAACAAUUUGACGGAAUACGCUGCGGGCGAGAUUACUUAUCGGCAUCCCUUUCAUGAAUCAACUUGGAAAGCAGCUACUUCCGAAGUUGCUGUAUCGUAAAUGUAUUCAGUUGAAUAAAAUUGGUGAUAUUUGAUUUUUUUAUUCUAUUAGCUCCUAAAUAUUUUAUUACUUAAUGUUUUAAUUAAUUAAUUGUUUGUUUGCAAGAUAUUUAACAUAGAAAAUUAGAAAACUGCAUUGAGCAAAUAGUGCUUCUUAUUUAAUCCUCGCACACAAUUGCCUUAGACAAUCGGCUCUAAAAUCAUACACUUCGUGGCGUCGCGAAUCAAUUAUGCAACGCGAUGCAACGUUGCAAGAACUCGAAGUUAAAGCCGUCAGAAAUAUGUAUUUCAUUUUCCUGGGAUUCCACGCCUGGAAGGCGCGGAACGACGUCCCGUGGAAAUCGAUCGGGGAAUCGGUUUUUAUUUUCAUAGACCUCUCGCAGACGCGCAUCGACGGGGUCGCAUGUGCAUUCAUAAAAAGGUCUAGUGCAGUAACCUUGAAGUUCCUCGUUGAAUGAACAUAAAGGCGUACCUGCGACAAUGACGAUCGUUGUUAAAACGUUUAAUCGUGCACAUACAUUAACACUGGACACAAAUGCCCCGUCAUACAAUCUAUAAAACAUCAACCAACCAACUAGAUUUAAUUCUAAUUCUUCCGUAGCUUCGAAAUUGAUUAUUUUGCGGUGAUGUGUCACCACUUGACUCCGUUCGACUCUAUUAGAACUGUUGAGUUUGUGACAGGAUGUAACAGUCAACUAUAAAUACUUUCGGAAAGCUGCCAUUUUUCAGCCACUUCUUACAAAACUUGGAGAAAGUAUUAAAGAAAGAUGAAAUUUUUAUUUGGCACCAAUCGAAAAAUUUACACUUUUUUAUGUCAGCAUGGUGCGAUCCAAUUAGUAUUUAAUCGUCAAGUCUCUGUUGAACGAUUGAGUACCAUUUAAAAACUACUGAGAUAACGGAAUUAGUAUGCAAAGAGUGUUCUGGGCUUCCUCAGACCAACACGAUGUUCCCCACUCAAAGAGUUCAGGAGUGGAUACAAUUAUUGACACUGGAACGAUUUACUCAUUCUUGCUUGUUUUUAUAAACCAAAUAUAACCAUCGAAAUAAAUUAAAGUAAAGAAAAAGAAAAAGAAAAAUUAAUAAGACCGAUAGAAAUAUCUGAGACAUAAAAAUUUAAUGUCGCAUUUGUAUAGCAAUAUUUUAUUACAGUUAUCACGCGGUAUCAAUGAUACUCAGGGCUGGCGACAUUUCGGAUCCAUCACUGUCGCAACCGGUGCAUGAAACCGGUCAGUCGAUAUCUUGGCAGAAGGUAGAGAGAAUGUUUGUCUUGUGGACUUUAGAAAAUUCCGUUAACGAUCGUGAUAUUAUUAAGCGAAAAUACGCGAAGUGAGGUAUAUUUACGAAUUUAUAAACACGAAUCAAAUCCUGUUGUUUCCAUUAUGUUGCGACAGAGAAAACGUACACUUUUCCGAAUAUUUGAGAUCGUUGUCUAUGUCGGAAUUCUUCUCUUGACUCUAAGAUUGUCUCUCGCUAUUAUCGGAGAUGAGAGUAAACCUCUUCCCAAUGCCGAUGAUUUAAGGCAAUUAAUGAUCGAUGCAGAGGCGGACAAUACACGGCGAUCUUUAAACAUUGAAAGAGUAUGUAAAAAAUAUAAUUUAGGUUUUUAUCGAAAACUCGCCGAAGACUCGUUGUUCAAGCAUCCACCUGCACCGCAGUAUGCAGUCUUCUACAUGAACAGGUUCGUAAACGUCACACUUGGGUCAACAAUUGACAAGAGAGCCAAUGAAAUACUCUUAUCAAUAAGAUAUCAAUUUUUGCGCAGGCCGUACAACAUAUCGUAUUGUCCGAUAUACAAAGCAGCCACCACGACUUGGCUCUAUAAUCUCUGUUUAUUAAUGCAUGUAUCUGAAGAGAUGCUAAAUAACGGCAAAGAACAAUUAUCAACUAUUGCCAGAAGAGUUAUACCGGAACUUGGGUAUCCUGAGGCCGAUCGAGUUCUAAACAUGAGUAGAAAAUUGUUGGUCGUGAGACAUCCGUUCGAAAGACUGCUAAGCGCUUACCGUGACAAAUUGGAAAACUCCGUGGCCGGACGGGAACACGGAACGCUUCAUUUUUAUAAAAAGUACGGGGCCAAGAUCGUUCAGAAAUAUCGCAAGAAAGAUUUCACAAAACCGCGACAGGAUCAGGUGAUUCGGCGCGAGGGUGUCCCACCACCGGCCGGUGUGGAGCCAACUUUUCGAGAAUUUGUCGAUUACAUGAUCGAUACUGAUCUCGCUAGUUACGGCGACGAUCAUUGGAUGCCGUAUUAUCUCUUUUGCACGCCAUGCCUCGUCAAGUACGACAUCAUCGCAAAGGUAGAAUCGAUGUGGCGAGAUCAAGUGUACGCGAUCAACAAGUUGGGAUUACAAGACAAGAUCAAGCCUAGGUGGAGACAUAGUAAUGGUUACACAAAUGUCUCCAAAGUAUACUUCAGUCAAUUGGACAGAGCAACAGUGCAGAAAUUAUACGAGAAACUCAAGCUGGAUUUCGAACUUUUUAAUUACACGCCUGAUACUUAUUACGAAUAUGCUACGUCUACCGACUAAUUAAUUAAUCAAUCAAGUAUGACGAUAAUUAUUUUAUGUAAGAUCGUAUCAAAAAACUUUCUCAGGCACAAUUUUAUGAUAACGCAACAUGUGUGACAAAUGCAAAGUACCUAAUGUUUAUCGAUGCUUUAUAUUGGCGUUCGAAACAUGAGCAAUGAAAUUAAGAAAGAAAAAAGAAAAAGACACGUUAAGCCAGUACACGUGCACACGUAAUCCUGAUAAUUGAUGGAGCUUAAAUCGCGUUACGUCACGCGACGAACUUUUGUCGACGAAAAUCGAUCGACCUACUUCUCACCAUACCUAAUGUAUCGGACGGACGGUUUGUCCUAAAGUCAAGGGUCCGAAUAGACACGUUAAUCGCCACUUGAAUCGAAAACCCGAAGCAGGGCAUUACCCUGUCACGCGGCAGAAAUGCUGAAUGUUCUUGCACGAAUGGGAACGAAUCUCUUACGAGUAACACA